UCGAGGAUAGUCGUAUUGAAAAACCCUUUGGAGGUUUAAAAAUUGUAAUUGGGGAAGAUUGUUGUAUUUGUCUAUGUCCUAAACAAAAUAGUGAUUCACCGUAGAGAAAAUAUUAUUAUGGUGUGAAAUAAAUAAUAAUGUAGAGUCCUGAAAUAAUUUCACGUGAAUAUUAUAAACAUUUACUUCUUGUUUUCUUCAAAGAUAGAGUUUUGGUACAUCUGUGAUAUUCUGUGAUAUAGUGAUAGCGUGUAGUCGUUCAAAGGAAAGCAAUUAAAAAUAUAAUAAUAAAAUGGCACUAUAAAAAUUAAUUCCAACAUGACCAAAUCAGACAAAAAUGAAAAGGAUAUCGUAGUUUUAAAGAGCGUUGUCAAAAAUGAAUGUAAUGAAGUCAAGGAGGUUAAAAACGAAAGAGACAGUAUAACGAAAAUAAGUGACGACAAAACUAAUGAAAAACUAAAUCCUGAUUCUCACACUGUAGCUAAAUUUUCACCACUAUGUCGACAGACUCUUUCGUCCCUUGGAGCUAUAACGAUGACAAUAGCUUCUGGACUUACUAUAGGAUUCUCAGCAACACUACUACCACAACUGAAGGAGACGCAUAAUAACAUACUGACCAGUCAGGAAGCAGGAUCCUGGAUAGCGUCUAUUGCGGCCUUGUCGAUGGUUCCAACGUGCGUCGUCGGUGGGUCGAUCAUUGAAAAAUUCGGGAGAAGAAAUACUCAUUUCAUAAUAUCCGUGCCGUUUUUCCUGGCCUGGAUGAUCAUCGCUCUGGCUGACAACCUCCCUCUCGUACUUCUCGGAAGGUUCCUGACUGGCGGUUGUGCUGGAUUCACCGGACCUCUGGGAUCAGUAUUCAUAAGCGAAACUACGAGCCCGGUGUAUAGAGGCUUGUUCCUAUCAGUUAUUUCCUUAGCAAUUGCAAUAGGAAUAUUCUUCACGCACUGCAUCGGGACCUGGGUGCACUGGCAGUGGGCGGCCAUGAUUUGCGGCCUCGUCCCCAUUUUGUCGGCACUGCUCCUGGCGUUCGUCCCCGAGAGCCCGGUAUGGCUUAUAUCGAAACAAAAGGUGGAGGAAGGUGUGAAAUCGUUCCACUGGUAUAGAGGAUACGACGAGGAAGCAAAACUGGAGUUGAGCAGUAUUAUUGAAAAGUAUAAGAGUCAAUCGAUCGAGCAACCGCCGACUUACAUUGAGAUGUGGAAGUCUGUAGAAUUCUUGAAACCGCUCUUCAUUAUGUUCGUUUUCUUUGGUACGGUGAAUUUCGCUGGGACCAACGUUUUCGCGUUUUACUCGGUGGAAAUAAUCGAAAAAGCCGUCGGGAAGGGAGUGGACAACUAUCUGGCGAUGAUCGUCAUUGACACUAUCAGGCUGAUCAUGUCGACUAUAGCGUGCUAUGUGUGCAAGAGAUACAACCGAAGAUUGCUUUGCAUGGUGAGCGGAUUGUUCACAGGAGUCGCGAUGCUUCUGCUGUCGCUGUUCUUGAAUUUCGCCAGCGACAGAUCUGAAAUGGCCUUGAUACCUUUAAGCUGCUUACUGCUAUACAUCUGCAGCUUAUCGAUCGGCCUGAUACCUUUGCCGUGGAUCAUGUGUGCGGAAAUAUUUCCUACCAAAUACCGUGGCCAGGGCUCAGGAGUGAGUGCAGCCAUAGGUUUCGCGGCUUCCUUCGUAGUUGUGAAGAUAGCUCCGGCUAUGUUCUCCAGCUUUGGCAAUAUUAUAUCGUUCUUUAUAUACGGCGUCCUAUGUUUGAUCGGCACUGGAAUCUUGUACUUUAUACUGCCGGAGACAAAUAGGAGAACUCUGCAAGAAAUAGAAGACGGGAUUCAGAAGAAAUCGAAUAGUCCUUAAAACAAACGAUACUGCGGUUAUGAAAUAGUCGAAAUAUUUUUAAAUACCAUUUAAUUAUUACCAGUGGCACUGCCCAACAAUUAAAAAAAAACGUGAGACACGACUUUAACAAAAUUGCGUUGUCUGGUAGGUAUAGGUCUA